CCACCUAGCGAGGAGCUUGAUACUACCCAAUGGGCUCAACAUUUCCAACCGGUGGUUCAGCAUCCAGCCCACAGAGGCUCUGUGUGGGCAAAGGUCCAGGAGCGUCCUAACACAGUUAUCCUAGUAACGUUAUGGCAAACAACAUCGGCUCUAAGGGACUUUUUAGUCUCCCCUUCCGCCCAGCUUUACUGGGAGAAUCUUGCGGCUAGAGGAAUACUGCCUAUAGCCUCUUAUGAGGUAGUAUACGGCUGGGAAGACUGGUUUAAUUUUUUAUCAACCUCAUUCGUUCAAUUAUUUUCGGUCUACUUUUCGGCACCUAUGACAGAAGUCCAACGGGCCCAAAUUUCCCAACUCAAGGGUAUACGCCCACCAAUUAUGGGGUUUAGUAUCCCUCAUCGUGAACUCGACCAGUCACGUCUUUCUGUGCAGUUAUGGGCCACCCAAACAGAAUCCCGAUAUGGCCAGGAAGUCCAGUUAAUGUUGUGGCCGCAUUUUUGGCAGAGUGAAAAGAAGGCCGAGUAUAGGAAUAGCUAUACAGACAUUAUUGAGUAUGGUUGUGUAGUCGGUUACCGAACUAUGAUAGAGGAUUUUGGUGCCAAGCUUGAAGAAGUAGGCCCAGUGAAAUGGAAGGAAGAAUACUGUGAUUUUAAAAAAUUUCGACCUAUUUGA